AGGUUUUUUUGACCUACCACAGAUCGAAGUGAAGCAGCGACAGAGCGAUUCCGAAUUACUCUCUAGACAAAGAAAACCUUUCGAUGAUAAAAUAUGGCGGCUGCUUGCAAGUUAGACUAUCUUCCUUCUUCCCGAAGGGAACUUAAGAUGACUAAGGAGGAUGUUCAGGAAAACAAACCAUACGAGUCAAGGAAAAGAUUGAAAUCCUCUGCAUUCAGUAAACAGGUAAAAGCUGGCUCUAUAUCGGAUAGAUCUAUAAACCUUCCAGUGGAUACAAAAUGUAACGGAGAAGCGCAGGAAGAAGCUGGUUGCAGCUUAAAUUCAAACCAUUCAUCGUCCCCAUCUUUUUCCUUACCAGGAAAUGAAUUGCUUUCCCAGGGUGAACAGCCAGAAAAUUAUGGGAAAAGAAAGAAACGAGAUGAAGCAUUUGCUACCGUUGACCAUCAUGACGAGGAAUCAGACUUCAGUGAAGAAGAUGACGGAAUCAGCAUAGAAGAGUUACAGGAAACAACUGGAUGGAAGUUGUUAAUGGAGAACUUGGAUAAACAUUUCGAGCGAAAAAACUCUGACAAUCAAUGAGAAAUUAUGUCAUUUUAAAGAGGCCAGUAUUUUAUUUAUUUAUUUUUUGUUUGCUGUCGAUUACGGCGGCACACUCGUUGUGUGUCAGCAGCCAGUUUGUUUCUUAGAAUGUUCACAGGAUUUUCAAUUCCUGUUUUUGGCUCCAUUACCUCUGAAAGGGUGGUUGGAUGCCACCUCACAUGAAUUCCAAUGCCCUUGCAAAGAGUUCAUCAACCCCAGGACAGACUACGGUCUCUAUGUUGUAUAACGUCGAAGCCUCCAUUAAGGUAAUGGAGCUAAAGACCCUUCUUUAAAUCUGAUUUCUGACCUCUGUUUCCUAUUUCUGUUCCUAUUUCCUGUUUUCUCUUCAUAUGUUUCCGUCGGGUAAAUGGAAAAAAAUUUAGAAUGAUAGCUCUCGCUAAUUAUUGGAUUAAGAUCCGAAUGUCGCCAAUUAUUUUAAUGACGAAGCGAAAGGAAUGAAAUUUUUGAAUUGCAACAGUAGAAAUUGAGCUCAUUCACAUCGAGGAAAACAAGUGAGAAAAAUCCGAUAAAUAAAACUGAAAAAUGCACCAAUCAACUCUAAGGGCACUGCAAAAAAUUCCGCCAGAAGACUGGCUGGUCUCUAUAAAGUUGUAUUCACUGAUGUAGCAAAAGACGUGUAAAAAUUUCUACUCGCUGAAAGCCAAUAGGUUUUCAAAUUUGGAAACCCAGGGGGAAAAUUGCUUCGAAUGGUUGCCCAUUUUCAAAACCUAAUUUCAAAGGGCAUGUCAAUGUUACAAAUAUUAAAGAAAGGUAAGGUUUAUCAGUCCUUAUGUCUCCCAUACUUCCCUUCUAUUUAUGGCAGACAUUUUACUGUGGGAAAGUAAAUAUAUUAAGGUAUCGAGGCUAAAAUUGGAAUAUAUCUGCCUAUCAUUGGAGAUGAUGUUGCCAUGGCAAUGACAUAAAUCUAAAAAUUGACACGUAGAACAGAAGCCUUAUUACAUCGUUAGCCACACUGGUAAAUAUCUCGAGGAAGAACUUUGAGAUAAAUUAACUAAACUUGCUUUCGUAACUCGCGCUCUGAAGGGAGGUUUAUUUGUAAAUACUCCUUAAAGUGAAAACUUACCCUAUUCUGACUCAGGUACUAUAGCUGACUACUUUUCUGCAUCACCACAGUUAAGAGGCAGGUCUUUGAAUUUUUAUGGCUGGACUUUCAAUUCCUGGUUUGCUAUCCUUUUAAUUAAAUCCUACUUUUACUGACUUGCUACUCUGAGGAACAGAAAAACUUUGAUUUUCAAAGACGGCGAACUUUUCAAGUGCCUUAAAUAGUAAAAAAUGGUAUCAAACAGCCAUUGUUUGAAACGAGUAUUAUGCAAAAACUAAUCUUUCUCUUUUUUCCAAUACAGCUUAGAGUACAAUAGUUCAUUUGAAGUUACUAUGCAGAACAAAUACUGAUAUACUGAAUUGUUGUUGCAACUGAGUUGCAAAGUAGAUUUGAUAACUUGAAAGUCACCGUUGUUUUCGCGAAGUAACCUGAAAACAAGUAAAAUUUUACUACAGAAGAGUAUAACUAGGCUUUAACAUCAUAGGUCACUUCUUGUAAUAGAGGCUUAGCUUUAUUAGUAAUUUGCGGGUGCCCGCAAUAAAUCAUAGUCAACAUACUGCUCUAUCCGACAGCCAAGCAACUUGUAAAUUUCUAAUCAUAAGCGAAGUUAUCGUGUAAAAGGCUACAAAGCUGUUUAAUAUCCAUCAUACAAGACUUAUUACUCUUAAUUAAAUCUAAUCAAGUGUAACAACUAGGUUUGAAGUAACACGUAUCUCAGAUUUGCAAAGCACAAUCCAUUUCUUCAAAACGCUGCUUCAAAAAGCCAUGUAGACAUAGCCAUUUCAACUAAACGAUCUAGUCAUCAAGUGUAAAGUACGGACUUUGAGGAUCAGUCUACUCGAAAUUUUCGCAUAAUCUGAAGAUUUGCGGGCAUAGUAUAUUCGACAGUAAGACAAAGCACAUCAAGAAUUUUUUUCCAGACAGAUCUCGUUCAAUAUGUUUUGAAAACUAAAAUAGAUCAGUAUAACACCCUGCCACCGCCUGCCAACCUCUUACGCAGAGUACAGGGUAAGAAAAAUUAAAAGC